GCGGUAAGCGGUGUCGUCCGGCCGCGCGAUGCAUUGUGGGCGCGGCUGAGGAAGUAAAAUGGCGGACCUGGCGAACGAAGAAAAACCUGCCAUUGCCCCACCUGUCUUUGUAUUUCAAAAGGAUAAAGCACAGAAGUCCCCUGCAGAGCAAAAAGCUUUGUCGGAUUCAGGCGAGGACCCCCAGGGAGAGGUUGAGCCCCCCUACCAUGGUCUGGGUCACACAGAACCAGCUGGUGAGUGCGACUCUGAGCACCCUGCUCCUGCUGUGGCCUCAGUCAGUGCUACCCUGAGUCCUGCUUCUGAAGCCCAGCUUGCUCCUAUUCAACAAGAACUGGCAGGGAGAUCUGCAGAUGGAUCAAGUCCAGAAGAUGGAGAUGAAUCUGAUCGAGAGGAUGGAAGCUACUGUCCACCUGUAAAACGAGAGAGAACUUCAUCUUUGAAUCAGUUCCCUCCUUCUCAGUCAGUAACAAAGAACAAUGUCUUUAUGCCAUCAAGCUUUUGUGAACCCUCUGCAGGCAAUUCUGACUCAGAACCAGAGGAAAAGAGCAGUGGAUUCCGGCUGAAGCCACCAAUACUUAUCCAUGGUCAGGCACCUAGUGCAGGUCUCCCUAGCCAGAAACCAAAGGAACAGCAGCGAAGUGUGCUCCGUCCAGCAGUACUACAGGCACCGCAGCCAAAAGCUUUCUCACAGAUGGUUCUCAGCAGUGGCACCAAUGGUGUAAAUAUCCCUCCAGAUUCUGCAGCCACAUCAGAAUCACCAAGUGAUGCAACAUUGAAAAGUUCAGACUCUGAAGACAAGACAGCAGAAUGUCAGAAAAAGGAAUCCAACAAUACUUCAGAUGAUGACUGCUCUGAGAAGGUUGAACUAAAUGCACAGCAAGCAUUCGUUUUUGGGCAAAAUUUACGAGAUAGAGUUAAGCUAGGAGAUGAAAGCAAUGAAACUGCCGAUGUGCAGAAUGCUGGCCUUCUGACAUCAGAUAUACCUUCUGCAACAAACUAUUUUCUACAGUACAUCAGUUCCAGUGUAGAGAACUCUACGAACAGUGCAGAUGCAUCUAGCAACAAGUUUGUUUUUGGACAGAACAUGAGUGAGCGAGUCCUAAGCCCACCAAAAUCAAAUGAAGGUAGUACAGAGAGUAAUAAGGAGAAUGCUGCUACAGAGUCUGGGUCUGAAUCGUCUUCUCAGGAGGCCACGCCAGAAAAAGCUAACAAUAUUUCAGAAUCACUGGCAGAGUCUGCAGCAGCCUAUACUAAAGCAACAGCAAGGAAGUGUUUAUUAGCGAAGGUAGAAGUGAUUACUGGGGAGGAAGCUGAAAGUAACGUGUUACAGAUUCAGUGCAAGCUGUUUGUAUUUGAUAAAAGCUCUCAGUCUUGGGUGGAAAGAGGUCGAGGACUCCUGAGACUCAAUGAUAUGGCCUCAACAGAUGAUGGAACAUUACAGUCUCGGCUGGUGAUGAGGACUCAGGGGAGUCUCAGGUUAAUCUUAAAUACCAAGCUCUGGGCUCAGAUGCAGAUCGAUAAAGCCAGUGAGAAGAGUAUCCGGAUCACCGCCAUGGAUACAGAGGACCAAGGAGUUAAAGUUUUUCUUAUAUCAGCAAGCUCUAAAGAUACAGGGCAGUUGUAUGCUGCAUUGCACCAUCGGAUCUUGGCCUUGCGCAGUAGAGUGGAACAAGAGCAAGAAGUCAAGAAUGUAGCCCCUGAGCCAGAGGUAACGCAGUCAAAUGAGGAAGACAGUGAUGAUGAUGAUGUCAUUGCACCUUCAGGAUCAGUUGGAAGUGGUCCUAAUGAUGAAGGUGAUGGGCAGAACGUUGGCAGCACAUAGCAGAUGUGAGCCAAUCUGCUUGCAAGGCUGCUGUGAACACCAUCUUGCAGGCAUCUCUGGAUACCCCAGGCCAGCAAUUCUUUCAGGCGGUUUAGAAAGCUCCAGGACUUAAGAACUGUGCAUCUCUGUUCUGUUUGUUUGGGUUUUUGGUCUGGAUCAGUAGAUUCCACACAAAAAAUAGCAGACUUGGAAACUACCUGAAUGUGGUUUGGGACGUUGAAAGCUCAUCAUAUUGAUGAGCAAAAAAAAAAAAAAUCCAACCCCAAAACAACAUAAACACAAAAUGCAACCACCCCCAACCAUUUCCCCUCUUCCUUGUAAUUAAAAUGGCACAUUACAGCUUGUCACAGCUUUUCAUUGGGA